GUUAUUGUAGAAUGUGUUGUUGAAGCGUGCGGUCGGUUGUGCGGUCGCUUGAAACUAAAAUUAAAUCAGUUUGAAUGCAAAUAAAUUAUCGAAACUAGAUGUAUUGCUUAGGGAAUGUGUACGCAAUAAAUAAUUAUAAAAAACACAAGCAAUAAUAACACACAAGUUCAACGCUACAUUGAUAUUUAUCGGUUUCGGUUGCUGGCGCGUUGCGAACUCGAAAAAAAGAAAUAAGAGCAAACGCUGAAUUAUUUUUUAAUUAGUUUUAAUUAAGCAUUAAAAGCAGGCAAAUAAAAACACAGAAUUUCAAUUGCACUCUGUUUUGUGUGACUUGUGAGUGAAGAAGAAGCAGCAGCAACAACACAGCCUCAGCAGCAAUAACACCAGCACCAGCAGCAGCAACAGCAUCGACAACUAUAACAGCCAACAACAAUAAAGUGAUCGCGCGUCGUGCGCGAGAGUUUUUGUCCGCGUAUGUGUGACCUGUGUGUGCGUACGCGUAUUAGUGUGUAUGUGUGUGUGUUUGUGCUGGAAUGGAAUGCAGUUAUGAAAAAAAAUAAAUAAAUAAUUGAGAGCGCGCGCCCGCGCCUUGCUAGCUGCCUCUCUCUCUCGCUCGAUCGCUCGCUUGCUUGCUCUCGCUCGCUUAUCGUGUAUCGCGUCCGUGGAAAUAUGUUGUUGUAUGUAUGUAGUACAUUGCACAAGGCAAAGUAAUACAAAUAGCAUAAACAAGAGAAACCGAAAAGCCAAAAUCGAAAGAAAAAACGCGCGCCAAGUGACAGACAAGUUUUUUUUUGCCAAAAUGUCGAAUCAACAACAACCACAGCAGCAGCAGCAACAACAGCCGCGACAGCUUCCACAACCACAUCCACAUCAUCAUCAUCACCAUGUGCAACAUCAUCAUCAUCAGCAGCCUGGACAGCAGAGCGAAUUCCCAUUGCCGGAUGGCUGGGACAUUGCCAGGGAUUUUGAUGGCAAGACCUACUACAUAGAUCACAUCAACAAAAAGACCACAUGGUUGGAUCCCAGAGAUCGCUACACAAAACCGCAAUCGUUCGAGGACUGUGUGGGCGAUGAGCUGCCCGUGGGCUGGGAGGAGGCGUACGACUCGAAUAUUGGACGCUACUAUAUCAACCACAUUGCGCAGAGCACACAGCUGGAGGAUCCACGGCAGGAGUGGAAGAGCGUCCAAGAGCAAAUGCUCAGCGACUAUUUGUCUGCGGCGCAGGAUCAGCUGGAGAACAAACGCGAGAUGUACGAUGUGAAGCAACAGCGUCUGAAUCUUGCCCAAGAGGAAUACAAUCACCUCAACAAGCUGGCGGCCAGUCGCAGCAGCUUAUGCUCGUCGUCUAGCUCUAUGAGCCGACACGAUCCAGAGCUGCUGCGCGCCGAUCUGAUGCUGGCGCGUGAGCGUGUGCGUCAACUUAAACAGGAGCUGAAUCACAUUACCAAUGAUAUAUCCUACACAGAGCGCGGCAUGAACACGCUCUACUCCGUGGGCGAGAAGAUCAAUGCGCGCCAGAACGGCUGCUACGAUAUUGCCGAGGUGCAGGCGAUACGCGAGGAAAUGCUUAAGGUGCACAAGUCACUCGUCUCCGGCGAGAAGGUGCGCGAGGAGCUGAUGCGCAGUCUGGUGCAGAUCAAGAACGAGCUGAGUCGCCAGCAAAUCAACGAGGAGAACGCUGAGCUGCUCAGUGCCGCCUCACCUUUCGAUCGCGUAUGCGUGGCCAGCCAGACAGAUCUGUGUGGUGCCGGCGAGCAUUUGAAUGGUGGAGCACGCUUUGCUGAGAUGGCCAAGACGAAGCUGCAGUACGCGGAAUGGAGGAAGCACAUAAAGAAGCUGCAACAGCAGCUAGCCGAUCAUGUAGAGCGCAUUGAGCCUGGCCAGCUGGAGUCCGACAAGGAUCGCAUAUUGCUGAUACAGGAGAAAGAGAAGCUGCUCAAUGAUCUGAACAGCAUAUCCCUGAAAUCGCGCAGUGCAGAGGAGAAACUGGUCAUACAACAGACGCGCCACAAGCUCGAGGAGGAUCUAAAGGAGGCGUACGAGGCGACCAACACAUGCGUUGCGAACCGCCUGCGCUUCCACGAGGAGAAACAGCUGCUGCUGGCAAAACUGCAGGAGGCGCUCAAGUCCACAAAUCUGCUCGAGGAGCGCCUCAAAUCAUUUUCCUCGGAGAGCACAUUCUCCAUUAGCAGCGGCAGCAGCCUAGGCUCCCUCUCCACAGCCAGCAGCAAGAGUGCGCUCAGCUUUACGGACAUUUACAUAGAUCCAUUUGCCGUUGGUGAAUCGCCCAUUGAUGUGGUGGAUCUGCAGCGACGCUCGCAGCGACUAUUCCAGCAGCACCAGCGCUUGCCACCCGUGCACCCAGCCGUGCAGCUGCAGCAACAGCAUCAGCUUCAGCAACAGACGCAGCCACAGCCGCAGCCAGCCUCAGAGGUCUCGCUGUCGCCGCGCAGCAGCCUUUCCAUAGAAACGCCACCCGCCUCACCUUUGAAGUACAAUGCGAUUGCCGAUCAGCCGCAGACGCAGGCAACGCUGAAAGAGGAACCCACCUACGCCAAUGCGAUGCCUGCGCCACCCGCCUACACAGCUCCACCUACUGUGCCCAUGGCAUUGGCUGGUGUACGCACCCAUCCCUACGAUCUGGACUCCACAGUGCUGGACUGCAUGAUGCUGGAGGCGAAGCUGCAGAAACUCAACCUUUCCUCGCCGCUCAAUCUAAAUGGACCGCUGUCCCCCAUCUCGGAAAAGCCCUCGCUGCUGGAUCUGCCCCAAGAGAUGCUCAGUCGGUCCUCCUCCACCUCGAAUACGCGCUCCGUUUCGGCAGCCGUAAGCAACGAAUCUGUGGCCGGUGAUUCCGGCGUCUUUGAAGCAUCCCGUGCGCAUCUGCCGCGCAAGGAACUGGCCCAGGUCCAGAUUGGCCUUAAGUAUCUGAAGCAGGAAGGCGUGCUCGUUGUCUCCCUGGAGCGUGCCAACAAUCUGUCAGCCCUGUGGACGGCGACCACGGACAACUCGCAAGUGUAUUUGCGCGCCGCUCUGCUGCCGAAUUCGCUAACAUCCAUACGCACCAAGGCGCUGGGUGACUUCCAGAAGCCCGUCUUCAAUGACACAUUCGCAGUGCCCAUCUCGCUGGACAAGUUACUGACCAAGAGCCUACAGGUGACCGUGGUCAGCAUGACGGGACAAAAGGAGGAGAUUAUUGGCACGCUGCAGAUCAGCAUGGCUGAGUUUAAUCCCGAUGAUUCCACGCUGAAGUGGUACAACGUGCUUAGUUCCAAAUUUAUACCGACAUUUGAGUCUCUGGACUUACCCUCCACAAGCGCCGCGGCAGCAGCUGCCGCCGUUGCAGCAAGCAACAACAUCAUCAACAACAACACAAGGGAGGAAUCCUCGGAUGAGUCGACAAUAACUUCAUCACAAACCUCAACGUUGACGCGCAAUCAGGCGCCGCCAUUGGAGCUGCAAUCUCAAAUAGCCGAAGAGCUGCCCGAGCACGUGCGUCUCAAUGAGCAGCAGUGCAGCGACGAUGAUGACGAUGAUGAAGACGAGGAAGAUGAGCAGCAGCUCGUCGGCACUCUCGGUCUGACGCACUCCGGGUGCAUGCUGGAUGCUUACCUGGAGAACAUGAAACAGGAGUAUGCCGAUAAGGAGACCAACACAGAUUGCGCCUUUCCACCGGAGAAGCUGCGCAACCAGACGCAGCUGCUUGACGACAGGCCUGUGAAACGCUCGCAAACAUUUACGCCGUCGGCGGCAGUCAGCAAGAAUCGUUAUAACUGCCGGCUCAAUCGCAGUGACUCCGACUCGGCCAUGCACUUCGGUGUCACGCCGCACACCUUCCAUCGCGGCGCUGUGGAGCGGCGUUCGCUGCGCUUCCAGCCAAAGGCGACCAAGUCCGUCACAAAACUGCAUCAUACUCACAUACCACGCACCAGCUUGGACUUGGAGCUGGACCUGCAAGCACAGCACAGCAAGCUAUACUUUCUCAACGAUCAAAUCUCCAAGUUGCAGAACCUCAAGGAAGUACUUCAGAAGGCCUGCGAUAACAAGGACCCGUUGAUUGCGGCCUGGGCCAUUGAGAAUGAAGAAUUCCAGCGUUUAGUGGCACGCGCCGACCCCACCAAGUGCCCCGAGGAGCGUUUACUGCAGAAGCUGCUCAUGAAGACCACCAAAGAAAUACACAAGCUACGCAAGACCAAGGUGCCCAAAGGCUGCCCAGAUUUGGUCUCCUUCAAAGAGAAAAUGUUCUUCUUCACACGCAAGGGUAUGUCUGUGCCUGAGCUACCCAUUGAUUUUUUGCUGCCCGAUGCGCAAGCCAUUGAGGAGGAGGAAGAGGACGACGACGAUGAUGAGGAGGAUAAUGUGGCUGAAACAGCCAUUGCCAUCAAUACGGCUCUGGUGGCCAGCAGCAAUAGAAAUAAGAAUCUCAGUGAGCAUCACCAUCGAUCAACAGGCGGCGCAGUGUCUAAGCUGACUGCCACGCCCACUUCAGCCAUUAACCCAGCCCCUGUUACAACACCCGUCCCAGCAUCGUCCAAUGCCAACGAGGCCAAGGGCGAGCAGCAGCGCUACGACUACGUCGUCGACCGCAACUACGGCGUCGAGGUGUAGUUCCCACAAAGAGAUUGGGAGACUGGGAUCCCUUCCCACCUGAGCUGUAUAUUUUUGUAAUUAUUUUUGGUAUUUAUUUGCAUUAAGCGAAAAGUAUUUAUGUGUAUAGAAGAGAAACUAGAUGAAACUGAUGUAACAAAUAUCUGUGCCUUAUAGAGAAAGAGUUGGAGCAGACCAACAACAAAAACCAUACCAACAACAACAGCAACAAGAAACAUGCAAGAAAUGAUAUAAUUAUUUGUAACUGCAUAGAACUAACUAGCCUUAAAUGAUAUAUAUCUAUAUAUAUAUAUAUAUAGUAGUAUUAGUGUAGACCCAUAGUCAGUUUGUACUAAUUGACCCCCUCCACCCACAUCCCCACAAAAACUGACCCUGUAUGAAAAGAGCAAAGCAAAUGUCUUAUAUACCUAUGUCCCGCCCCGCAACGCACCGCUCCGCCCGCCCCACUAAAAGCGCGCACAUUGCGCGCUAUGAAACCUAUCAAAUUCAUAUUGAAAACCAACUGUAUUCUUAAGACUUGAGCAAAUUAUACGAAUGAAGAGGAAUAUUUUUAUAUACAUAUACAUAAUAUAAAUAGUACAUAUAGAGACUAUUGAUACAUUUUAAAUUAGUUUAGUGCAAACACCAACAAACAUACAACUAAAAAAAAAGAAAUGAAAAUAUUUAUUAUAUACAUACAUAUAGAAAUGGAUGAGUGCAUAUUACUCCAAUCUGUUAGUUUAAUUAGCUUGCGUUUUUGUUAAGCUCAAAACGAAUUCUACUAUUUUUUUUUAUAAAAAAACCUAUGAAAAAAAACCAAUACACAAACACAAAAAAGUCCAUGUACCAUAUUAGUUAAACGCUAUAUGCCACACAGAGGUAUAUAGCAUAGCUAAGAACGCGCCCUAACAAAAGAAAUGAAAUAUUUUAUUAAGCAAGCCUGUUAACAUUGUUAAACUAUUGCCCUGGAGCUAUGAAUUUGAUGAGAAAAUCAAAACAAAACAAAAA